AUGUCGCUUCGCACCGCUUCGCACCAGGUAGUUUGCGAGGAGGAUCUAGAGAAGGUUGCUUCGAAAGCUCCUCGGGCCGUCGUGCUGAUUCCCGACCUGGCCGAUGAGGACAGCCCAGAAGGCUGGCAGGUCUUGGGGGAGACCCCGCAGAGGGUGGAAGCGUCUGUGCGUGAAAUGCUGGAGAAGGCGCUGCACGACCUGCAGCACGAGAUCCCCGAGGAGUUUCGGGAGCACCCAGCCGUGAAAGAGCAAUGUUCGAAGUUGCGAGACUUACUCAGUGCUCGCCAGCCUUUUAGCCUCCAACUCCGAGACGUGGCUUCCCACGAGGAGAGCACGGGCAGCAUGGAGGGCACCUUUGAGGGCUCUGAGCGAAUCCCAACCUGGGUAGAGGCCUUCCUUGAGGGCCACGACCUCGAAGACCACGGGGCAUCCGAGUGGAAGGACGCGAUCCAGGCCGUGCCUUCGCGCGCGCUUGCGGCAGAGUUGGGCUCUGCUUCAUCGCUGAAGCGCUGCGUCAUUGCGCCGGGAAACGGGUGUUCGCCGAUUCAGGAGGCGAAUUGGUAUGCCUGGUUGGCAAGCAGCCUGAAACGCAGCCGCACGUUCGAAGAGGUUCACCUGCGGGACUUUCCCGACCCUGAUGAGGCGAAGCGUGAGAUAUGGGUGAAAUUCCUGCAAGAGGAUCUUGCAGUCGGACCCGAUACAGUACUUGUGGGGCAUUCCAGUGGUGCCCAAGCAGCCAUGCGAUUUGCAGAGCAAGAGGUCGUUGGUGGUUUGGUGCUUGUGGCUGCCUGUCAUAGUGACUUGGGUGAUGCGCUCGAGCGUGCCUCUGGAUACUACCCUCCGAGAGGAGGGCCGUGGAACUGGGCCGCCAUCAGAAGAAACACCGGCUGGAUUGUCCAAUUUCAUUCCGAAGAUGAUCCCCUGGUUCCUGUGUCAGAAGGGCGUGCAGUGGCUCAGGAGCUUCAAAGUGAGUAUAUCGAGUUGAAGGGGCGCUCCCAUUUCUUUGAGCCCUGUGAGGAACUCUUGGAGGUCCUAUGUUCCAAGAUGACGCGAGGCUGA